CAGAAACAACCCAAACAGAAAACACAUGUGAUUUCCCCUCCGCCUGACCAGUUGGCAUUCAGAGAACAGGCUCCCAGAGGAGGGCCGGGCCUCUCCAGUCAGGAACUGGAGUCAGAGGCUUCCCCUGCUGCUUGCUGAGAGAGAAGGGCACUAGGAAUGCCUGUCAGUGGCUCCGUGCUGGAUUGGUGUCACGGUAGCCAGGCGGCUCCGGGCGAUCCCACCACCUCUCAGCCUCGCCCCUGCAGGAGUCGGGAUGCAGGCCAAGUACAGCAGCACGCGGGACAUGCUGGAUGCCGAUGGGGACACCACGAUGAGCUUGUACUCUCACGCCUCUACUACGAGCCAGCGGCCAGAGCGUGGGCACACAGAGCCCAGGCCUCCCUCUUCAGUGUGGCGUCCAGCGGCCCUGACCUUGCUGACCUUGUGCUUGGUGCUGCUGAUUGGCCUGGCAGCCCUGGGGUUUGUGUUUUUUCAGUUCUACCAGCUCUCCAAUACUCAGAAAGAAAGCAUUUCUCAAAAGGAAGAAAGAUUGGGGAAUCUCUCCAGACAGCUGCAAUCCCUCCAAAUCCAGAACAGGAAGCUUGUAGAAACUCUGCAGCGUGUAGCUGAAAAACUGUGUCGUGAGCUCUAUAACAAAACUGGAGAACACAAAUGCAGCCCUUGCCCAGAUUCAUGGAAAUGGCAUGGGGACAAAUGCUACCAAUUCUCUAAAGAGAGCAAGAGUUGGCAAGGCUGUGAAUACUUCUGUUUUGCUGCGAACUCGACCAUGCUGAAGAUAAAUACACAAGAAGUGCUGGACCUUGCCCUACCUCAGAGCUACUCUGAGUUUUUCUACUCUUACUGGACGGGGCUAUCCCGCAAUGGCAGUGGCAAGGACUGGCUAUGGAUGGAUGGAGCCCCAUACUCCCCUGAACUGUUUGAAAUUAUAAUAGAUUUCACCAGCCUGAGAAACAGAGACUGUGUGACCAUCCUCAAUGGAAAGGCUUUCUCAAAAGACUGCAAAGAGUUGAGGCGAUGUGCGUGUGAGAGGACAGCAGCCAUGGUGAAGCUUGAAAUGCUCCAUUAGUCCAUCUGAGCCAUCCCAUGAAGUGACCCACUCUGCAGCUGCAACAAUAACUUCAAGCUCCCUUCAGAGGAAACUGAAGACUGAAACUAGUCAGUCUCUUAUUUGCACCUGCAAUGGUUUGGUUUCAGUUCCAUUGUCUUCCAUUUGAGCUAUGCUUAUACAGCAACUCAGAGGUCAAUGCAAAGGACAUUUGAGACAGUGGGAAAUGGAAAAAUAAUCCAGAAAGGCAAAGUCUCUGACUGCUACAAGAAGACUUUCCAUGUUUCGUGUACAGGAUCAAAACUCCUUCUGAGCUUGAAUGCCUGCAUAUAUUUACCAGUCAUAAGGAAGUCUUAUUUAUGUACCCCUAACCAACCUCAGAAACCUGUAAAUUUAUAAUCCACCUUCUUGACUUAGAGAAAACUUUCUAGUGUCUUCCUCAGCAUAUAUUAUGACCUCCCUGUUUCCAUGUCUCCUUUAAUAUUUAGAGAUGUGAGAAACUUACUAAAAUAGAGGCAAUAAAAGUAAGUAACAACUUUUGUGUCAAUACCCAAAUAGUUCAUGAGAAUUGAGCAAUCAUUCCCCACACUGUGCUGUGAAAUACACAACUAUUUCUUUUUGCCUGCUUCAGUGCAUACUUUUUCCUUCCCAGACUCUCAAGAUAGCUCCUGUCUGCUAUGUUCAUGGCCUACUUCCUACUGAAAUAGUCCCCUUUAUUACAUUCUGAACUUCUUACAGUAUACUUCUUCACUGUCAAUUUAAGACUGCAAUAGUUUCUCCAUUGCCUAGGAAUUUCUCCCAGAAAAGAAAUUUUCUCAACUCAGUUCCAUAUCAGAAUUAAUGUCCCUCAUGUUUCUCUCAGAAUAAGAAGAACAAAGUCAAUCUCUUUAUGCACACGUAUAUGGUUUCAGUUCUUAUUUUCUUCCAUCUGAUCAAUUUUAUAUUUUUCAGGUACUAAAGAUUUAAUAAUAAUAAA